AUGACGGUUUUUCGGGCCUUCUGCGAAUCAUUCGAGCAGACUGCGAAGCAAUUCACAUCUGGUCUCGAACACAGCUUCGCAGAGCACUUCUCCAACCGUUUUCUCGACCUCUGGAGGCAGACGCCCUCCGAUCUCCGACUCGCAUCUGCGCCGACGUACAGCAGCGUGGCCGCCGGUCGCACCGCAAGCCAGCGGCCAUGUGGCCACUCUCCCACGGCCGCUGCAGCCCCGCAACAAGAGCCACAACAGCCAAUUUCCCGUCUCCAGGGACGACCAAUCCCCGCCCCGCCGAAAGAAGACCUCCGGGUUUUUGUGCGACUCCCGGCCGAAGCACCGGCGAGGGACCACAAUAGCUACGCAAUCCGGACCCACAUUGCCGCCAAAGUCGGCAUCGACCUUCACCAAGUCCCAGCCGCUUUCAAGGUGAACUCCGGAUGGGCCAUCAGAACAACAGAUGCGACCAUUCGGGAUCUUAUCGUCCAACGACAGUCAGAGUGGUCCCAAGACAUGGGCGCGACAGAUGUAGAAAUCAGCCAGAGAUGGUACACCUACGCCGUGGCAAACUGCCCCUAUAUUCUUACCGACCUACAGGGGAAAGAAUUGGACUACGAGCCAGCCGCCAAAGAUGAAAUCGCCUGCCAGACCGGCCUCAAACCCAUCAGGGUGCGCCCCGCCAGGCGCAAGCCGAACGACCCCCUGACCUGUACCUUGAUUGUCUCAUUCCUCGAACCGACUGAUAAGCCCUGGAGGCUGUUUGGAUCCAGUCGGCUCGCCCAAUACAUUGAGAGAUCUAGCCUGCCCAGCCAGUGCGACAAGUGCUGGGACUUUCACGCCCGACACACCUGCGACCGACAAGCAUCCUGCAAGCGGUGCGGACGGCGCGGCCACGACGCGGAAGCUUGCGUGGCCCUCGAGCGGUGCGCGAACUGCCUUGGGCCCCACGCCGCAGACUUUGCGAAGUGCCCUGCGCGCCCGAAGCGAUCACACGGCGUCAUUCGCCGUCUGACGAGAGAAGAGAAAUCUCGCGUCCGAGAGCUGGGCGCUCAACUGUCCGCCCGGCGAAAGGAACAAUACGAAAGAGUAGAACGAUCCGAGCAGCCCGAACGGGAUGCCACCUGCUCGCCGGGUGGUGUCACCGAAAAGACACAAGCCCAACCUCAUGACGAAGCCCCACGGCGCGACUCUGCGAGUCUUCCAAGCGAACGAGCCAUGGACAGAAACAAAGGGCGGCCGAUGCCUUACAAAACACAUCCCGCCUACGACACCUUCUCCCCGGUUGACAGCUGGGAAGACAAUAGCACCCGACCCAGAGUCAUGACCUAUGUCCGCCGCAGGCCUGGGCUGAUGGUAGAUCAGAGGAGGCCCGCGGCAACUCGUGACAUUCUUUGGCUCACGGUCAACGACAUCACUUUGGUCAACGUUUACCGCCAACCGUCAUACGACGAGGCCCUCGACAUACUACUCCAAUGGCCCGCGCCAAACAGAUGUCUGGUAGCAGGCGAUUUCAACGCCAAACACCACAGCUGGCAAGCCGGCCGCAUCGAGGGCCGCGGCGAGGCUGUAGCUGCAUGGGCGACAGCCAACGGUCUGAACCUGCUCAACCCGGCUGACGUCCCGACAAAUCCUCAUGGCAAUACGAUCGACCUUGCCUUCUCUAAUAUCGCCUUGGCCAAUGCCGUGGUGGAAGACCAUCUUGCCACCAGCUCCGACCACUUCACGCUCAGCACUACCCUGCCUGAGCUCGCUGUAGCGCCCCCACCCACUGGGAAGUUUGCCGCCAAAGCUGCAGGCCGGCCGGUCCGCAAGGGCGCACGCAGCGCGCCCUGGUGGACGGAGGAAUGCUCCUUGGCCGCGGUGGAGUAUCGCGCAGUGAGGAGAGUCUACGCUCUCGGUUUCGGCCGAGAGGUUCAGCUCGCGAAAAGGAAGUUCCAGAGAGUCGUGCGGCGAGUCAAGCGCCGUUACUGGCGCGAUCUGAUUGACAGCUUCACGGACAGUGCGUCCGUCUUCAAGGCGGUCCUGGAUGAUACCGUCUAUGAGACCCAACUAGACAAAGCCAACGCCCUGCGACGAGCAACGCUCGAACGUCGCACUUCGCAGGAUGACAUCACGGAUCCGUGGGUCCCAGUGGACACAGCGAGGACGAUUCCUUUCGCUCAGAACGUUUCCCUGGAGGAGGUCCGGGACGCGACCCUUCGCACGGGUAACACCUCCCGGCUCCGAUAA